GUAAGGGGAAAGCAAGGCAUCCACACUGAGAUAAAGGCAAAGCAAGCAGCCGGACUGUCACAAAACUCGAGGAAGCGGCGGAACUGGCUUCUUGAGCAUCAGUUGUCUACAUCAGCAAUUAUGGUCAUGAUGGAAAUCUCUAGUGUUAGUAAUGAAACUCUUGGACAGCUUCUGAAGGAAGAUCCUUCGAAAUGUUUGUUGCUGGAUUGCCGAUCUUUCUUCGCCUUCAACGCUUCGCAUAUCGUAAAUUCGCUCAACGUCCGAUUUAGCACCAUAGUAAAACGAAGGGCGAAAGGGACAAUGGGGCUUGAACACAUCGUUCCGAAUGAAGAGUCCCGCAAGAGUUUAGUAUCUGGUCUUUAUUCUGUAAUUGUUGUAUUUGAUGAAAGGACUUUUGAGUUUGAGCUACUCAAGAAGGACAGCACUGUACUCUUGGCGGUUAAUGCGCUAUGCCGAGAAUCCUAUGGGGCAAGGAUUGUUUUUCUCCGAGGUGGCUACGAUGCGUUUUCCUCGGAAUAUCCAGAGUUUUGCACUAAACCUUCGCCUCCGUCGGGAUUAUCUUUACCUCUAAGCGCCAGCAGCAACCCCAACAGUGCAGAGUCGAGUUGCAGUUCCUGCGAGACUCCUCUAUAUGAUCAGGGCGGGCCUGUCGAAAUCCUCCCUUUCCUCUACCUCGGAAGUGCCUAUCAUGCGUCAAGAAAGGACAUGUUGGACGCCCUGGGGAUCACAGCUCUCAUCAAUGUCUCUGCCAACUGCCCGAACCACUUUGAGGAGCAUUAUCAGUACAAAUGCAUUCCUGUGGAGGACAGUCACAAAGCGGACAUCAGCUCCUGGUUCAUUGAGGCAAUUGAAUUUAUAGACUCUGUGAAGAAUACUGGCGGCAGGGUAUUUGUCCACUGCCAAGCUGGGAUAUCUCGAUCGGCCACGAUUUGCCUGGCUUAUCUCAUGAGGGCGAACCGGGUGAAGUUGGACGAAGCGUUUGAAUUCGUGAAACAGCGCAGGAGCGUCAUUUCCCCCAAUUUCAGCUUCAUGGGACAGCUCUUGCAGUUUGAGUCUCAAGUUUUGACCCCUUCGUGUGCUACCGAGGCGGCCAGCCCCUCAAAUAACCCCCCGGGCGCUUCCACUCGAUUCGUCUUCAACUUUCCUGUCUCCAUGCCUGUCUGUCCAGCAGCUAAUUCCCUCAACUUUCUGCAAAGUCCCAUCACCACGUCCCCAACCUACUGAGAUGGAAUGGACUGACUUUUGAGACUAAACCAAGUAAAAUAAGCUGAAAGGUUAUGUUCACUUUUUUAAUGUACAGAAACCGAUUAACGAUUUCUAGACCAGAAGCUCUUGAUUUUGAAGAACGUAAUACCUCAACCAGACCCUGCACUGUGUCACAUUCUGAAAACUGUCUGGAGAGGGUGCAACUGGCGUUUUAGCACUUUUUUUUAUACAUUUCUUUUAAUAUUUGACGGAACUGUAAGUGGCAACAGUUUAUACUGACUGUCGGUUUGAUAAUUUAUACAAUUUAUUUAUUUACGUAUUGACUAUUUUGUACGAAUCCAAUAAAACAUUUUUUUAUAUAUAUAA